AUGCUCACCUCCGGCCUCACAAAUGCGCCCCUCACCAAAGCUCUUCUAAUCUACACGAUCGCAUCGUCGAUCGCCCUCUCCCUCUUCGACAUCAAACACCUUGCCGUGAUCUAUGUAUCACCCCAUAUCUGGCCUUAUGCACAGUUCUGGCGUGCAUUGGUAUGGCAGGUAGCUGGCUUCACCAAUUCCACCGAGGCCCUCUUCGCCGCGAUGUUGGUCUACCAUCUGCGGGUUGUCGAACGCGCGUGGGGGAAACGGAAGAUGGCGACCUUCCUCCUCACCACACUACCCUACACAACUCUCCUCCCGCCAAUUUUCCUUACCCUCCUAAUCCGCCCACUCUCCCUGAACAACCUUAAUUACCUCCCUUCCGGCCCAACAGCGACCAUCUUCGCCCUGUUGGCGCAGUACCACGCCACUAUCCCACACACAUACUGCUACCGCAUCGGGUCCACGUCCUCCCCCACUACAACAAACAACAGUACGAGUAAUGAUCCUUCCCCCGAUAAUAAUACAUCGGCAACCCAGCCCAAACCCCCAGCACCAAGCCUAUCCCUCCUCCUCUCCGACAAAUCAACCACCUACGUUGUCGCUGCACAGCUAGCCCUCUCCCAGUUCCCCGCAAUGCUCCUCCCGUCAGCCCUGGGCUGGAUCGUCGGUGUAGCCUGGCGCGCGGAGUUGCUACCGGGUCUGUCACCGGUCAGCACUGGGUUCCGGGUUCCGGCUUGGGUGGUUGGCGAGCAAGAGCGGAGGGGUGGUUCUGGCUCCGGGUCUGGGGCUGGGUCUGGCGGUGCGGAGGGUGAAAGGUAUGAGGAUUUACGACGGAGGCUGGAGGGUGAAGCUGCUGCUUCGGCUUCUGGGUUGGAGGGGUCUGGUGGUCAGGCUCAGAGACGCGGAAACAGUGCUGGUGAGGGUGGUGGGUUUGUUGAUCGAUUGAGAGGUGCUUGGUAA